AUGGGAGGCGAAUCUAUGAGAGUGAACCUGACAUCCCAGAAUCUUUUGGCUUUCGAACUUACCCCCACUGCUGUUUUGAGUUAUGGCAUUGCCCGUACUGGAGCUUCUGCUUUCAACGAACUACGUACUACUAUCUUUUCAAAAGUAGCAUUACAGACAAUCCGCUCUGUUUCCAGGAAGGUGUUUUCACAUUUGCAUGAUCUUGAUCUUAGCUACCAUCUUAGUCGAGAAACUGGUGCUCUUAAUAGAAUAAUUGAUCGUGGGAGCCGUGCAAUCAAUUUUAUUCUUUCAUCUAGGUUCAAUGUUGUCCCCACCAUUUUAGAGAUAUCUAUGGUAUCGGGUAUACUAGCAUACAAAUUCGGAGCACCUUUUGCUUGGAUAACUUCUCUCUCAGUUGCUGCAUAUAUUGCAUUUACUUUGAGUGUGACUCAGUGGAGAACCAAAUUUAGGAAGAUUAUGAAUAAAGCUGAUAAUGAUGCAAGUACAAGGGCCAUUGAUUCACUUAUCAAUUAUGAGACAGUUAAAUAUUUCAACAAUGAAGCAUACGAAGUUGAAAAGUAUGACGAGUUCUUAAAGAGGUAUGAAGAUGCUGCUUUGAAAACACAACGGAGUCUUGCUUUUCUGAAUUUUGGUCAAAAUGUGAUAUUUAGUGCAUCUCUAUCCACAGCUAUGGUUUUGUGUUCACAUGGAAUUAUGAAUGGCCAAAUGACAGUUGGUGAUUUGGUUAUGGUGAAUGGACUACUUUUCCAGCUCUCUCUCCCUCUCAAUUUCCUUGGAAGCGUUUAUCGUGAGACCAUACAGAGUCUUGUUGACAUGAAAUCCAUGUUUCAGUUACUUGAGGAGAAGGUUGAUAUCAGUGACAAGAAAGAUGCAAAGCCUCUGAAGCUGAAUGGGGGAAGAAUUCUGUUUGACAAUGUGCAUUUCAGUUACCUGGCAGAAAGAAAGAUUCUGGAUGGGGUAUCAUUUAUUGUACCAGCUGGGAAAAGUAUGGCUAUUGUAGGAACUAGUGGAAGUGGCAAGUCAACCAUUCUUCGAUUACUCUUCAGGCUUUUUGAUGCUCAUUCAGGAAGUAUCAGGAUUGAUGGUCAAGACAUAAGAGAUGCAACAUUGGGUAGUCUUCGACAAUCUAUUGGUGUUGUGCCUCAAGAUAGUGUACUGUUCAAUGAUACAAUAUUUCACAAUAUACAUUAUGGUCGUCUUUCAGCGACAAACGAAGAGGUUUAUGAUGCUGCUAAACGGGCUGCUAUUCACGAGACUAUCAUGAACUUCCCUGAAAAAUAUUCAACUGUUGUUGGAGAACGAGGGCUUAAGUUAAGUGGCGGUGAGAAACAACGCGUAGCUCUUGCACGUGCAUUCCUGAAAGCUCCUGCCAUUUUGUUGUGUGAUGAAGCUACUAGUGCCCUUGAUAGUACGACGGAAGCAGAGAUAUUGAAUGCAUUGAAGUCACUAGCAAAUAAUAGGACUUCAAUCUUCAUUGCUCACAGGCUUACAACAGCAAUGCAGUGCGAUGAGAUAAUAGUUCUGGAGAGUGGCAAGGUUAUUGAACAGGGAUCACAUGACAUUCUCUUGGCGAAGGCAGGAAGAUAUGCACAGCUGUGGACACAGCAAAAUAGUUCCAUCGACGCCUUAGACACAGCCAGUGGAAGUCGAAACCCUAAUAACAUAGUCGUAUAAGGAAACUGGAUCACGAAAACCCUAAUAACUCUAUGCGGUGCGCGACAGUGUUCUUGUAUUUGCUGUUUCUGGUUUUUUUAAUAGUACGAGGUGAUUACUAAAUAAUAUAUG